AGGUUUCACACUCUACACCGUUUUAAAAACAAAAGUUAAAGCAAAGUCAUCAUUCGCGUAAGCCAAAAUCACAUCCAGAAAUUGUGUCUUGUUUCCUCUUCUUUCGUCACCGUCAUUCUCCAAUUCUUCGCUUAAAGUGAUACAGUUGGAAACUUGGAAUGGCAAAGAGUUCAUUCAAGCAAGAACAUGUUCUUGAGAAGAGGCGUGCUGAAGCUGCUAGGAUAAGGGAGAAGUACCCUGAUAGGAUUCCCGUGAUUGUUGAGAAGGCAGAAAGAAGUGAUAUUCCCAAUAUUGACAAAAAAAAGUAUCUCGUUCCAGCUGACUUGACUGUAGGGCAAUUUGUUUAUGUGAUUCGCAAAAGGAUCAAAUUGAGUGCAGAGAAAGCUAUUUUCAUAUUUGUUGACAAUGUUCUGCCACCGACAGGCGCUAUUAUGUCUGCGAUAUAUGAUGAAAAGAAAGACGAAGAUGGUUUCCUUUAUGUAACCUACAGCGGAGAGAACACAUUUGGGAACUUCGUCCUACCAUAGCUUUCACAUUCCAUGCUUGAGUCUAUUCCGCAAUAAUUUCUGCUAUUAUAUCGUGUUAGUAAUAUUUGUUUCUGUGACUAUCUUAUGAAUAUAUUACUUGAUGAAAGUAUAUGCACUGUGCAUCUGAGUAUAGUUUCCGAGUCUUGGAAAGUACUGAACAAUGUUGAUAUUUCUAAUUAUUUUGAUUUUCAAUUUAGUCUGACUAUGUUGAUGUUG